CGUUUCAUUUUCAAGAAACACAGCCGGGGUUUCUGGUGACGUCCCGCAGGAAAGUACACAGUCUCUCACGGUGCUGCAUUGACCCGAAAACAACACGACAAGCGCACAUUUCCACGGAAGAACGGCUCAUGACACUUUCAUAGCAACACGACCUUAUGUUAGCAACAAUGGAGAAGCCUCCCUUCAGGCAGAACCAGAACUGCGGAGACUGGGAGCUGAAAGAGAGGCUGGGCAUGGGCGGGUUUGCCCAUGUUUACCUUUACCAACAUCAUGAAACAAAUGAAAAGCUAGCUGUGAAAAUGUGCCGUCUAGAGCUCACACCAAGGAAUAAGGACAGAUGGAGCAGAGAAAUCCUGAUAAUGAAAAAGUUGAAUCACAUCAAUGUUGUGACAGCACGAGAUGUCCCAGAUGAAAUGAAGCACAUAGCCUUAAAUGAUCUUCCACUGUUGGCCAUGGAGUACUGCUCCAGGGGAGACCUGAGGAAGAUGCUGAGCAAACCUGAAAACUGCUGUGGUUUGAAAGAGAGUGAAGUGCUUUCAUUACUCAAUGACGUCGGAUCUGGUAUCCAGUAUCUGCAUGAAAACAAGAUCAUACACAGAGACCUUAAACCUGAAAACAUAGUGCUGCAAGAUAUCAACGGAAAGCUGGUUCACAAAAUCAUUGACCUGGGCUAUGCCAAAGACCUGGACCAGGGCAGUCUUUGUACCUCCUUCGUCGGCACACUUCAGUACCUGGCACCUGAGCUUUUUGAGAAUAAGCCAUACACAGUUACUGUGGAUUACUGGAGCUUUGGCACGAUGGUAUUUGAAUGCAGUUGUGGUUUCCGUCCAUUCCUGCACAAUCUUCAACCUGUGCAGUGGGCAAGCAAAGUGAAAAAUAAAGGUCCAAAAGACAUCAUGGCUGUAGAGGAACUGAACGGAGAAGUCAGAUUCUCCACACACCUCCCCUACCCUAACAACCUCAGCAGAACACUGUUGGAGCCAAUGGAAGCACUGCUUCAGCUGAUGUUAAAGUGGGAUCCUGUCCAGAGGGGAGGCAAAAUCAACCCGGACACCAAGAAACCACUCUGCUUUGAAGUGCUGGAGCAGAUACUGAGCAUGAAGCUGGUCCACAUCCUGAACAUGACUACAGCCCAGGUCCACUCUUUCCAGCUGACUCCGGACGAAAGUCUCCACGGUCUGCAGAAGCGCAUUGAGGCAGAGACCAAGAUCGAAGUUGUUAACCAGGAGCUGCUGCAGGAGACGGGGGUGUCACUGGAUCCCAGGAAGCCCGCUGCACAGUGCGUCCUAGAUGGGGUGAGAGGGUGGGAUAGCUACAUCGUCUACCUGUUUGACAAGAGCAUCACCAAGUACUCCGGUCCCUUCAGUGCCAGGCAACUUCCUGAUAAAGUCAACACUAUUGUGCAAGAGACCAAGACACAGCUUCCCCUGGUUGUGUUGAAGAAGGUUUGGGGCGAAGCAGUGAGCUACAUCUGUGGCCUAAAGGAGGACUACAGCAGGCUUUUCCAAGGACAGCGGGCUGCCAUGUUGAGCCUCCUGCGCUACAACACAAACCUGAACAGGUGUAAGAACAGCAUGUUUGGCUUCUCUCAGCAGCUGAAGGCCAAGCUGGACUUCUUUAAGAGCAGCAUCCAGUACGACCUGGAAAAAUACAGCGAUCAGAUGCACUACGGCAUAUCCUCUGAAAAGAUGCUGAAAGCCUGGCAGGAGAACGAGGAAAGAGCUGCUGCUUUUGCACAGGUGGCAGAGGUGAGCCAUUUAGAAGAUGAGAUCAUGACUCUGCACUCUGAGAUAGUGGAACUUCAGAGGAGCCCGUACGCUCGACGCCAAGGAGACAAGAUGGAGCAGCUAGAAGAAAAGGCAAUUGAUCUGUACAAGCAACUGAAGAUGAAAUGCAAAACACCUGACCCAGAUUUGAGCAGUGACAGCUCCGAGAUGGUGAAGGCCAUCAUUCAGACUGUCCAGAACCAAGACAAGGUCCUCAAAGAUCUGUACACCCACCUCAGUAAGAUCCUGAUCAGCAAACAGAAAAUCAUUGAUUUGUUUCCACGAAUUGAGAAAACCCUGGAGAGCAUAAAGGACGCUGACAACACAGUGAUGCAGAUGCAGAUCAAGAGACAGAGAGAGUUCUGGCAUUUACUGAAGAUCGCCUGUGCUCAAAACUCAUCAAGGAACUCAAUAGCAGCCAGCCCCGAGUCGUCUAACCUCCUGCAGGUUUCUCAGUGGUCCCAGUCAGCACAACCUGUCAGCUCUCCACAUCCCUUAACCUCCCUACCUGGGCCAAAUGACAGUGAUGCUGCACCACGUCUGCUGCAGGAGAACCAGAAGUACCUCAGUCAGCUGACCAGCCUGAUGCAGGAGACUGCAGAUGAACAGACCAAAAGCAUAGUGGACCAAGACUGGAGCUGGACGAAAUACGAAACUGUAACAACGAAAUGUAAAAAGAGAAAUGCGUAAGCGGUGUUGCGUUCUUCCAUCCCUGCCUGUGCUUCGUGUAACACUAAAGACUGAAAGCUGUUAAACGCAGCAGAGUGGCGUCAAACAUUGUACAGUUGUACGUGGACUCGGGAUGUUCUCUUUAAAAAAAAUAAAAUAAAAUAAAAAGGACACCGUUCGCACAUG